GAGUCAAAAACUCGGGUAUUAACACACACGAGGACAACAUCUGAUUAAGGAUUGUCCUUAACAACAUUUGUAUAGGGAAAGGCAAUUCAACCUAUCUGCUCGUGUAUCACAUAACGGGUGGAAUUAAUAACCUGGAUACCACCACGUGUGCGGGAAGUUGUGUAUCUCGGGCUGUUCAAUGUUCAUGCAGUUCAUGUCACACAGCUCCGAACGUUCUAACGUCCAAUUCCAUGGCUUUCUACGCACUAUUCUGCAUGGCCUGUGUGCUGCUUGUCACUGUGCAAGGCUACCCUACGGCAGCAGGACCUGCCUCUUGCCUGGAUCUCACUCCUCAACACGGGGCUAGUGCCCAGGGCUCCUCGUCGCCUUACACUUUAUGGGUAGAUACAACCUCUAUCAAACAAGGCGGGAUGGUAACAGUCACCCUGAAUGCCACGGCCGCCGGCACCACCUUCAAAGGUUUCCUGGUCCAAGCCCGCUGUACCAAGUGUACCACCGCCGACACUGCCAUAGUGCCCGGGACUUUUGCCAAGUAUACCGCCUCGGAUGCAAAUAUUAUAACCAUGGAAUGUGAAAAUGAUGCCAUGAACUCCAUGACUCACACCAAUAACGACGUGAAGACAUCAGCAACAUUCACUUGGACAGCACCUGCUGAUUGGAAUGUCGCAGAGGGCAUUAAGUUCAGGGCUACAGUAGUCCAGGUGAAGGUGACCUGGUGGACAGAUGUCAUGUCUGACGAGAUAAGUGUCACUGCCAGCUCCACCUCUCCAGUUUCUCCAGUGACGGCCCUCGUCGUGGCUGCUUUCAUCGCCGUCUCUUCUUUGUUUCCGUAGUUAGAAUUGAUACUGACCGUAAUCAGUUCAGUAUUGGUUGUUAUUCUAAUGGUCACAUGCUCGGAUUGUAUUUCCAAUUUGAUAUUUAAAACUCGCAAGAUGUAAACCGAAACCUCUAAACCCAUUUCAAAUGUAGCGGUUAGAUAGCUGAUCGGUGUGGAUGUAAGUGUACAUGUUUUCUUUUGGUUGUAUUUGUGUUGUAAGAGAAUUCAUAUCCAUAUAUGCUAUAUAUAGUUAUCCAACGUGUGUCAUCAAUCAACAGUGUAUGCUAUUUUUGAGAAGAUAAAAACACUUCAGUAAUGUUUAUUUGCAAUUCUGUAAAUAUGUAUUUCUCUCAUGCACGUCGCUAUAUAAGUGCAAUAAUCUUGGACGCGACGUUAAACCCCAUUUCACCUCACCUCACCACUGCACUUCAUCAGUCUUACGAGGGCUCAAGUUGGAUGAAGCGUCUGGAAAAUAAUCCAUGACACGGAUAUUAUGUUCGUGAGUCAGCCCAUAGUUUGUGAAAUGUGAUGUAUAAACUCGUGCAUUAUCCUGUUGCAAAAUGUAAGGAUUUCCACUGGCCCAAAUGUUUGAGUCGAUGGAACCGUCUUGCAUUGUGCUGUUGAUCCAACUCUUGCAUUGGUUUCAAUCAAUGCGUCAAUCAAGAUUGUCGUCCCGUCCCAAACACCCACACAUGGAGACAAAUUUUGAACCCUUUUGCUCAUAUUCCAGAAAUACACACUUGAAAAUUGAAUUUCACCUCAUCCGUAAAGAUUCACUUUGCAAAGUCUUUAUCUCUAUCACGGUGGUCCCUCACAAUCUCACAUUGACACUCUGUUGCUUCCCGACAAACAUACAUAUCCUCUCAGUUGUUUCAUAUAACCUUGAAUACACACAUGGCCUUUCAGGGGGUUACCUACAAGUGGCCACAAACACAUAUGGCCUAUCAGGGGGCUACCUACAAGUGGCCAACAAACACACAUGGCCUAUCAGGGAGUUCCCUACAAGUGGCCACAAACACAUAUGGCCUAUCAGAGGGUUCCCUUCAAGUGGCUACAAACACACAUGGCCUAUCAGGGGGUUAACUACAAGUGGCCACAAACACACAUGGCCUAUCAGAGGGCUACCUGCAAGUGGCCACAAACACACGUGGUCUGUCAGAGGGUUCCCUACAAGUGGCCACAAACACACGUGGUCUGUCAGAGGCACAGUUACACUGAAACCUAGAACACCUGGUGUAACUGCUCAAAUACAUUCAAGUGAAAUAGAACUGCAGAACUUCGUUUAUGGACUGAGAGUGAGUGAGUAAGUUAGUGAGUGAGUGAGUAUCGUUGUAUGCCGCUUUUAACAAUAUUCCAGCAAUAUCACGGCGGGGGACACCAGAAAUGAGCUUCACACAUUGUACCAAUGUCGGGAAUCGAACCCGGGUCUACGUCGUGACGAGCUAACGCUUCAACCACUAGGUUACCCGACCGCCCUGUACUGAGAGUGUGCUAUCUAUGGGAUAAUCUGUUUAAGGCUUUAAAACUUAUACUCAAACAAAACUAAGAUAUUAUCUCACUGUCUACUUUAUUUCCUAAUUUUGAAGUAAUUAAGAAAUAAACGUCAUGAUAGAACAAUGUGAUAUCAUGAAAUAAACCAA